AAGUUAUUUAUGUCAGAAAAUCAAAUAAUUGUCAAUUAGUCCUUUCGAAAAUGUAUAUAUCGUAUCAAAUAUUGGUGUUAAUUAGCUUACUGACAUUUUCGACAUUUCUUGUUAACGCCAAAAAUAACAUUUUAGUCGCCGCUAAAACCAUCGAUGAAAACGGAAACAGCAAAACUAAAAUUGAAUUCAAUUGCUGCAAUUAUACAAAGGCAUAUACCGCCAUAAUUGGAAAGCCAAAUGCAGUGAAUGAAUCACCAAAAGGACAAAAAGCUGGAACUCAAGCAGAACACAGUACAUCCACAGUAAAAAUAAACAUCACAAGUGAAGUGAAGAGACCAACAGAAAGUUUAGAAACUAAGUCGGAAGCUAACGAUACAUUAUUAAAGCGUAAAGAAACCGAUACUGAAGAAAAACCUCGAGAGAUGGUAGUGAACUUCUUAAGAAAUCUUAUAUCAUCAAUAGAAAAUGAUGAAACCAAAUCGAAAUGUAAUGAAGAAAUUGAUGACAAACCUAAAGAUACUGUAGUUCAAGAAGUAAGAAAUGAUACCGUAUUAAAAGAGACUGAUGAAUCAAAACCAAAAGGUAAGGAAACAGUGUUAAAUAGUACAACCAAAGAGAAACCUAGCGAAAUGGUAGGGCUGGUACUAAAAAAUGUUGCAAUACUAAAACCAACAGCUAACACGAAAUCAGAAUCUCAGGAAAAGCCAAGUAAGAUUGCACUGAAAACGUCAAGCAUUCUUACAUCAAAGCAAACAGGUGAAGCAACAUUAGAAAGCAAUGAUACAUUACUAAACGGCCAAACUAGUAAGAUCAAUGAACAAAUUGACAACACUUUAGGACUAACAUCAAACCUUGUUUCAAUUGUCGUUGGCAAUGCAACAGUUUCUUCUGGGGAUUUAGGUGAUUCUACUGCCCCUAUUGGUGUAAAAAAUUUGCCAAGGAAGAUGAAUCAUACCACCGUGUUUCCUUCAGUAAAGACAAAUACUUCCAUGCAUAACAUAUCAUCAGAUCAAGGUCCUUAUAUUCCAGUACACGUUAUGGAGCAAUAGCUUUGCAUUAAAAUUAAUGGACAAAUAACAACCGAUUUGAAGACGAAGUGAUAAUUAUUUUGGUCCUUUGUGCGUUAUAAAUGAUUUCAGAUUUACUCCAUUGAAAUGUUAAUCAUUAUUCAUUUAUUAAAAAAAAUGAAAUUAAAAA